GGCAAUGGGAAGGCUCUGCACUCUCCCGGCCAGGGCCCGAGAAGGACUUUAUUUAAAGAAAGGGUCCAGGAAAUGACCCCAACCAGCUCAGUCUGGAGCAGAUUCUCCCCAGCAUCUCAUGGCUGGUGUCACUUGGGGCAGAAGCAUCCCCGCUACGGGUCUGUCCCACACCAGGCACCUUCAUCCUGGGAAGUGAUCAUGGGGAAAGGAUUCCUUCCUAGGACUUGAUUCCACCAAGGAUCUCCCAGUAUGUUUAAAAAUACUUCUUUUUACAUUUUGGAAAAAAAAAAAAAAGAGAAUGAUGGGUGUUUCGUUGCUGGGGAGCAGGAGCUGAAAGCUCGGGCUUGGGGGUGGCUGCGGGCGGGCGGCAGGGAAAAUGCACGGGAGCCCCCUUCCCUGCGGCCAUCUGCAGGGGGUCAUGGGGAUCAUUAGCCCCGGGACUCAUCCCCAAGGGGUCGACAAGGGCGCUUCCCGGAAACAGUAGUUAAGAAGCUGCAUUUAGAACCACCCCCCCACCCCCCCACCCCAGGCCUGGAGGGUCAGCCAGGAGAGCGCUGGCUGAGCCCUGGCUGAGCCCGCGUCUGCAUCCCGUCCACCUCCACCGUAGCAGGUCCUGAGUCAAGGCCCCUGCUCUCCUUGCAGCUUCCUGGAACUGGCGGGAGGGGAAAAUGGAGGAGACAAGCCUGAGAAACAGGAGAGAGGAUGAGAGGUCCGUCCAGAGUAUCCAGAGUAAGGAACCCAAGACCACAAGUCUCCAGAAGGAGGGGCCCUGUGCUUUGCGGAGCUCGGUACGAUGAUCACCAAGUCGGGGGGCGAGUACCCUUACCUGAUGGAGGCCUUCGGGCCCAUCCCUGCCUACCUCUUUUCCUGGACCAGCCUGUUCGUCAUAAAGCCCACGUCCUUCGCCAUCAUCUGCCUCAGCUUCUCCGAGUAUGUUUGCACGCCCUUCUACUCAGGCUGCAAGCCCCCCGAAGUUGUCGUGAAAUGCCUGGCUGCCGCUGCCAUCUUGCUCAUCACCACGGUGAACUCGCUGAGCGUGCGGCUGGGGAGCUACGUCCAGAACGUGUUCACGGCGGCCAAGCUGGUGAUCGUGGCCAUCAUCAUCAUCAGCGGCCUGGUCCUCCUGGCCCAAGGAAUCAACUCAAUUACAUCACGGAAGAACUUAGAAACCCUUUCAGAAACCUGCCCUUGGCCAUAAUCAUCGGGAUCCCGCUGGUGACAGGCUGCUACAUUCUCAUGAACGUUGCCUACUUCACUGUGAUGACUCCCACCGAGCUCCUGCAGUCCCAGGCGGUGGCCGUGACUUUUGGCGACCGUGUUCUCUAUCCCGCCUCUUGGGUGGUCCCACUGUUUGUGGCCUUUUCCACCAUCGGUGCUGCCAAUGGGACCUGCUUCACGGCGGGCAGACUUGUGUACGUGGCGGGCCGAGAAGGCCAUAUGCUCAAAGUGCUCUCCUACAUCAGCGUCAAGCGUCUGACUCCAGCUCCUGCCAUCAUCUUUUAUGGUAUCAUAGCGACUAUUUAUAUCAUCCCUGGUGACAUCAACUCACUGGUCAAUUACUUCAGUUUUGCCGCAUGGCUGUUUUAUGGCCUGACGAUUCUGGGAUUGGUUGUGAUGAGGUUUACGAAGAAAGACCUGGAAAGGCCUAUCAAGGUGCCCAUUUUCAUCCCCAUCCUGGUGACCCUCAUAUCCGUGUUUCUGGUUGUGGCCCCAAUCGUCAGCCAACCUGCAUUGGAGUACCUCUACUGUGUAUUAUUUAUACUGAGUGGCCUUAUAUUUUACUUCCUUUUUGUCCACUAUAAGUUUGGAUGGGCUCAGAAAAUCUCAAGGCCCGUCACCAUGCAUCUCCAGAUGCUCAUGGAGGUGGUGCCGCCAGAGGAGACUCCAGAGUGACGAGCUCAGCCUCCCGGAGCAAAGUCCAAGCCACGACCAAUUUAUUUUUGUAAGCAAUAUUUGUUAUUUC